GAUACGAAGUAGGUUCAAAUAAAUAUAUAUUUUGAAGCCCACAUUAUAAACAUUGCCCCGCUACGUGGUCAAAGGUUCAUUUUACUUUCUUCGCCGCUUUAAAAAAUAAAAUAAAAGAAUUCCUGUCAAUUCAACCCCAGUAUACUCGGUUUGAUUUUCAAACGUCGUCUUCUCAAACCACUUUAAUUCUCAUUUCUGUUGUGUCUUAUUCAGCCCCCAAUUUUAUAUAAACCCAUUCUCAAAUCUUCUCCACCAAAUUCAAAACCGAAACCGAAACCGAAACCGAAACCGAUGAAUCGUGUGGGGGGCGCUGUGCAGAAGAUAACGCCAAGCCAGUUUCUAGCUCAGCUGGGUAAGAUGUCGCUCGCAGACCAAAGGAUCAUAAAGCCAUGCGAUGUAUUCAUUAACCACAGAGGCGUCGACACGAAGAAGACUCUCGCCGCCCUGCUCUACGACAGGCUUCUCCGCUUCAACCUCCGCCCCUUCCUCGAUUACAGGAACCUGAAGCCUGGAGAGAAGUUGUUUGAUGAAAUUCAUGGGGCGAUUUGGCAGUGUAAAGUUGGUGUGGCUGUGUUUUCGCCUCGUUAUUGCGAGUCUUACUUUUGCCUACAUGAGUUGGCUAUGAUCAUGGAGUCUAAGAAGAAGGUAAUUCCUAUCUUUUGUGAUGUCAAGCCAUCUCAACUUCGCAUAGAGGAUACAAACGAAUAUGCAUCAGACGAGCUAAGGCGAUUCAAUUGGGCUCUCGAAGAAGCUAAACAAUUUGUGGGACUCAAAUUUGAUUCCUCAAAAGAGACCUUAUCAGAAGUUGUCACAAAGGCUUCGAAUAUUGUCAUCAGGAGUUUGGAUGAGAUGGACUGAUGGGAUGAAAAGUUGGCCAAAAUCUAACAGUUCUUUAUUCUUUUAUUAUACA